AUGGAGCAGAUUCAUCCCCUCACGGGGGAAGAAGAUAAAAACGCCUCUCAAUUCAUUAACGUCAAUGCUAUCCUGUCCGAGAAAGCGCCAGAGGUUACUCACAAUGUGAGAUACACGGAGUCGCUGACGGCGAAUUCCGAGGAGACCAAGUUUAUUGAUGGCCAUCCCGUCAUCGAGACAGGAGUCCAUGUCUCUCAGUACCUCAUCUCCCUCCGUGACGACGAAGAUCCACCUGUGACUUUUCGGUCCAUCCUACUGGGUUCCAUGUUUACAGCUCUCGCGAGUGUGAUCCAGAUGCUGUAUCUGUUCAAGCCCGUUGGGGUUGACGUCUCUCAAGUCUUUCUGCAGCUUAUGAUUUUCAUUUGUGGUGGAGCUUGGGCCGUGUUCACCCCCUCGCCCAGCCGAUUGAAAUGGAAGUGGCUACGAUCAGUGCUGCAAUUUCUCAAUUUCGGGCAGCCGUUCACUAUCAAAGAGCACGUCAUCGCCUCGAUGAUUGCAGGGUCUGCAAAUAAUGGACUCAGUGGUGUUGAAGUCUAUGCCGUGGAGCGGCUGCUCUACAACCGGACUGUCUCGGCCACCACUGCUAUUUUUGCUACCUUUUCAAUUGCUUUGUGUGGAUUUACGAUGGCGGGAAUCAUGCGGCCCCUCCUUGUCUAUCCUUCUGAAAUGGUGUAUUGGGGGACUUUGCCACAGGUCAUCCUCUUCCAGCAACUUCACUUUGACCGAGCUGUCAAUCGGCAGCGUCUGACCAAGUUCGGCUGGACCUUGAUGGGCUCUGCCAUUUGGGAGAUUUUUCCUUCUUAUGUCGUCACAUGGCUCACAGGUCUCUCGAUCUUCUGUUUGGCAUCAAUGAAGGCCCCAGCAGAUAUCCGUUCACUCUUUACCAAACUCUUUGGUGGUGCCUCUUCAAACGAAGGGAUGGGCUUCCUCAAUUUUUCCCUUGACUGGCAAUACAUCGGAAGUGGUUCCAUGGCAUUACCGCUUAGGCAACAGCUCAACAGCUGGCUUGGUAACCUGAUCUGGUAUCCGGCUUGGCUUGGCUUGUGGUACAGCAAUACCUGGAGUGCAAAGACCUUUCCUUUCAUGUCAACCUCUCUUUUCAGGGAGAACGGUACGGUGCUUCAUACCAUGUCUAUUCUGAACGAAGACGGUAUCAUAGAUUCCAAAAAGCUUCAGGAUACUAGUUUACCUUUCCUUUCAUCCAGCGCGGUUUGGGUCUUCUUUUGUUCAAACAUGGCCAUCGGUGCUCUGAUAAUACAUGUGUCCAUCUUCCUCAGCAAAGACAUGUUGAUUGCUUGGAUGCAUGGGAGGACCAAAACUCAGCCUGAUCCACAUUAUCAAGCCAUGAAAAAAUAUAAGGAGACCCCAAUGUGGUGGUAUCUUAUCCUUUUCGUGUUGUGCUUCGUUGCUGGGGUUGUGGCAAAUGCGAAGGGUGAAACCACUCUGCCCGUCUGGGGGUUCAUCGUCGCGCUUGCACUGGGUGCCUUCAUUUGCCCAUUCUCAUUGUUCCUCUUUGCCUUUUACGGGAACGGAAUUUCUACAAAUCAAAUUUCUAAGAUGGUUGCAGGAGCAAUUCAUCCUGGUCGACCACUUGCCAACCUCUAUUUUGCCAGCUGGUCUCACCAGGUGAUCUCGAUUGCUAAUGCUGUGUCUACUUGGCUCAAAGUUGGGCAAUAUCUCAAAGUUCCGACUCGCAGCAUGUUUUUUCUCCAAAUCUAUGGGUCUCUUCUCGGCGCUUGCAUCAAUUACGUUGUAAUGACAACGAUCGUGACCAGCAAACGAGAGAUUCUUGUUGACCCAAUCGGAAAUAAUAUCUGGAGUGGAAUUGCAAUUCAAGGUCUGAAUUCCCAAGCAGUUACAUGGGCACUAGCAAAGGAGAUGUACAGUAUCAACGGCCGGUACUACAUAGUGCCUUUGGGUCUGCUGAUUGGUGCCUGCCUACCUGUUCUUCACUGGGGGAUCAGCAGAGUAUUUCCUCGAACCAAGAAGUGGCCAAUCAACACAGCAAUUAUCAUUGCCUCGGCUUCUGGUCAAUUUGGAAUUACUUCCAAUGUCACUUCCAGCAUAGUCGUCGGAAUGAUCGCGCAGCUCUGGAUCCGGCCUCGCAUUCCUCAUAUAUUCAACAAAUAUAAUUACCUGAUCGGUGCGGCACUGGAUGGAGGAUCGCAGUUUAUGACGUUUAUUCUUGCUUUUGCGGUCUUUGGUGCAGCUGGGACACCUCGUCCUUUCCCUACUUGGUGGGGAAAUCCCAAGGGUCCUCCUGACCACUGCCAAUGA